UUUUAUUGCUACAGCUACUACAUUAUGAGUCUGUGGUAUAUUGAGGAGAGAUGUAGAGAGGAUGAGAGCGAUGUAAACAAGAGGACGACGCCACAGCUGUUAUGCUUAUUACACUGCAAAAAAGUACACGUGUUGUGCCAGCGCUGUGUUGUAUAGUCAUGCAAGAUGAAGACGCAUUGUGAUCCUUCAUAUCAAGCGUCAGCAAACACUUCAAAUCCAAUUGAGCCACUCUACUAUCAUUAUUCUAAUAAAGCGAGGAGAUAUGCCAGCCUCCUCAGAAGAAAAACCUUAUCACUGUUUAGUGUGCCCAAAAAGCUUUUUGAGAAAAUCGCAGUUAGAAAUACAUGUGAGGGUUCACACGGGAGAAAAACCAUACAAGUGUUCAAAAUGCCUAAAAAGCUUUUCACAAAAAUCAAAUCUAAUAAAACAUAUGAAUCUUCAUGCAGAAGAAAAGCAAUAUAAGUGUUCAGUAUGUCGGAAAGACUUUAGGCAGAGAUCACAUUUGGAAAUUCAUAUGAGACUUCAUACAGGAGAAAAACCAUUUCAGUGUACCGAGUGCCAAAAAGACUUGAAAAGCAAAUCACGUCUAAUAACUCAUAUGAGAGUUCACACUGGAGAGAAACCGUAUCGUUGCUUAGAAUGUUCUAAAGACUUUAAGCAAAGAUCACAUCUAGCAACUCAUAUGGCUGUUCAUUCAGAAGAGAAGCCAUAUCAUUGUUCAAUAUGUCUAAAAGGCUUUAAACAAAAACACUCCCUUAGAGUUCAUAUGAUAUUUCAUGGAAGUGAGAAACCAUAUCAGUGUUCAGAGUGCCUAAAAGCUUUUAAAAUAAAAUCAAUUCUAACUGCACAUAUAAGAGUUCAUACUGGAGAAAAGCCAUAUCAAUGUUCAGUGUGUCUAAAAAGGUUUAAACAAAGAUCACAGUUAGCAAGCCAUAAGAGAGUUCAUACAGGAGAGAAACCAUAUCAGUGCUUAUUGUGUCUUAAAUCCUAUAGACAAAAAGCAAAUCUAGAAAGUCAUACGAGAGCUCAUACAGGAGAGAAACCAUAUCAGUGUUCUGAAUGUUUGAAAAGCUUUGCACGAAAAUGUGAUUUAGAAAAACAUGCUACGAGUCAUACUGGGCAGAAGCCAUAUGAAUGUUCAGAGUGUCAGAAAAAGUUUGCACAAAAACGUCUUCUAGUGCAACAUGUGAAAGUUCACACUGGUGAGAAACCAUAUCAGUGUUCUGAAUGUCUAAAAGCCUUUUUGUGGAGGAAGACUUUUUUGAAACACAUGACACUUCAUUCAGAAGAGAAAGCAUAGCAAUGUUAAGAGUAUUGUAAAUCAUUUUAGCAUUUUUAUAGUUUUCAAAAUAUCUGAAAGCUUGCUAACAAGAGAAACUGUAUGAUAUGUGUUGUUUUACCUGUUGAUGGUUUCAAGCGAUCUUUUCCUCCCUUAGCCUGACUUGUAGUUAGCCAUCCCUGGUGAUUACCUCAUCUGUGAGGUUGUUUGUCUUCUUAGCUCAAAGUUUGAUGUUUGUUUUCUGAAAUCUACUCUAGUAUGAAUUAUUAUUAGAAAAAGGAAAGAUAUUAUAUUGUAUUUAUUUUGUAUAAUGGAGGAUUCCAACUCAAAUAGAAUAAUUGUUCCCAGACUGUAUUUUGGUGCAUUAGGUAGAAUUGGAUGUGUGUGUAUUUUGAUUUUAAAACUACAUGGAUUCAGCACAUUUUUAUUAUUAAAAGUAAGGUUUUGAAUCGGUGGAAAGCUUCUUUAUAAGCAAAUUACUUGGUUACUCUUAAAGACAAAGUCCUGCUUGUCCUAUGAAGAGAAUUGUGGGUUCAGGUUGACAUUAGCACCAGCACACCUAAUAUCUCCUGCAGUGUCCAUGUUGGGGCAUACUGGUGCAAUGGAGACACUGGAAAAUGCUCAGUCCAGCCUAGAACUUUCUCUGGAAAUAGUCCAGAUGCCUUACUUUCCCCUAAGGAGCUCCAUGAGCUUCCCCAAGCAAGAAAUCAGGCUGUUAUGGAUCUGAGAGCGAUACAUCUAACCAGUUUCAGGAGCAGGAGGAGGGCCUGCUUCUGCACCACUGGAAAGAUUUCUAAUGUCCAGCUUGUACUAAAUACAGACAGAAACUGAAGGACUAAUAAUGCUGGUUCCAUAAAUUUAUUAGCAAUGUCAUCAAUAUCAUACCUGGAGGCCCAGAUUUGUAUUCCUUUGAGGAAUACAAAUUGGGCGAAUAGCAUUUUUGACGAGUAAGAUUUGUGGCAUUGGAGGAUAGCAGAGAAGACACCUCAAAGUUCACAGUGUUCAUCUCUUCCAUGUGUUGAAGAAAAAGAAAGAGUUGAUCUCUGCAAAACUUAUGUGUGUUGGGUAACAAGGCAAUACAUAGUCCUUUCCACCUCCAAGGCUCUUGAGAGGCUUAACCCUUAAACUGCGCAAAGCAUUAUAUGAUGCUUUAAGUACAGUAACUGUCUACAAAUUCCGCUCAGCUUCAUAUGAUAUUUGGGAAUACCACACAAGAUUUAAAAGUCCCGCAGCUACGCGGUGUUCACAUCAGCUUCCUCAGUGCUCUUAUAAACAGACGCCAUUUUUUUUUUUUAAAUCGUGUGCGACAUUCCCGGGUGUGAAAGCCUGAGUACUGAAUGAGCUACCGGUGAGCUCAUGCUGGCUCAUGCAGCAUGAGCUCACAGUAUUGCUGUUCAGCUUGUGACCACAGCAUCGACUAAAAGUAUAAAAAAUACAUGUUAUUGGUAUUAUUUAGCGAUGAUAGUAUUACAGAAGACCCCCUGACUGUGAUAAAAAUGACCAGGAUUCUGAUAAUAGGAGGAUUUUUGUGAUAUUUUGCACUAUGCAUAGUAUUGUGGGAGGAAUAAUGUUGAGGGUGGGAGAGUUGUAGCAUCGUCUUCUGAAUCUGUGUGGCCAUCUGUUGCAGUCUGUACUCACCAUACCAGCUUAAUGGUAUGGUGAACACAAAUUACUUAUACAUAAUACUAGCUGUACUUGGCCACACGUUGCUGUGGCUCAGCAACGCAUGUGCAAUCCUGUGGCUCAGGAUUGCUGAGCCACAGCAAUCCUCCCCUGUCCUCCUUACCAUUUCCCCCUCUCCCAUCCCCUCAU